GAAAGGGCGGUCAUGUUCUAUAACUUCAAUCAUGAUUUCCACUUUCACUGAGGAUACAGAGUUAUGGCACUGUCCGGUAUAUGGCUGCUUCUUGCGAUCUCGCCAAUCUGGGGCUGCCCGCCACCGUGGCAUGUGGAGGGUCCCCACUGCUACAUGUACAUGACAAAUCCCAGAGACUGGACCACCGCCGAUGACAAUUGCUUUGACGAAGGCGGACAUCUUGUUUCUAUUGACGACGAUCAAGAGGAGAGCUACGUCACGUCAUUUAGGGACGCUCAAGGCGUCGUGGGAAACCCUGUGUGGGUGGGGCUGAAGGCAACAGCUGACGGAUCGUGGAUGUGGGGUGACUACACACCUCUCCUUUGGUCACGGAUAGGUCUUCUUGCCACACCUCCACCAGAUCAUUGCCUUGCACUCAGUGGACAGGUUGGGGUGCACUCCUGGGAGCCGGUUCCGUGCGUGAUGCCCCUUGACUACCUAUGCGAAGUAGAUAUAGAGGUUAAUAGCGGGUGGGGCGAAUGGGGUGAAUGGUCGCCAUGUGGCUGCCAAACACCGAGGUCUCGUGUGAGAUCAUGUGACAACCCCGCCCCACAGGAAAAUGAAGAUUACUGUUUGGGCCAUGGUGAAGAGACCCAGAGCUGUAACACGUCACAGUGUUUCGUAACACGCCACUGGCAUAGGAUGGGGAAGGACCAGAAAAACAGACUGGGACCUGUCUUAGAGGAAGUGACCUCGCCCUCCCGGAUACGAUGCGCGUCAUCGUGCGCAGUAGUGGCUACCUGUCAGAGCUUUAGUUUUGAACAGUCCAGCCGCUCAUGUGUACUGUUGAGUACAUCAUUGACGCCCUCUGACCUUCAAGAUGGCCUUGGUUGGGAGACAUGGACUAAAUAAACCACAUGGGAAGUCAUAAAGAACGUCGUACCAACAUGGACGUCUCUUGAGAUAACUGCAGUUACUGAUGUUGACGUUCAUAUAGAAAUGGGCCAUGUCCCAGAAGUUCGAGCCAACCCAAACCCACGAUUUGUGGAAACCAUUUAUAAAUACCUACGACUGUAAACAUAACUGUUUUGUAAGAUUUAAGAAUGAUUUAAAAAGUUCGUUGUAGUAUGUUAUAGCUAAAAUAAAAGUA